AUGGCAUUACACUUCCUGAGCGUGCGGUCUGUGAAAGAUGAAAAAGAGAGAACACUAGGAUACCUCGGUCAGGUGGCUUUAAUUUGUCUUGAGUGAAAAUCGAGGCUUUAGGUGCCAUUAUGAAAUAUCAUCAACUCGCCAGACCCCUGAGGAAUUACCACUGAGGUAUAAAAGAACCGGAGACUGCGUCUAAAAUGUUGUUUUCAACGUAAUCUACUCACGUUCGCAUACGCCGAUUCACAGUAAAUACGGGUUGCAUCCGGUUUACACGGCUCAACAUCACAUGCACUAGCACUCAGUAUGCACAGGGAGCAGCGACGACAUCAUCACAUCAUCCAAAAACAUGGCAGACAUUGGAUGAAUAUAAAAUGUUAAUAUCUUUGGCUGUGAGUGAUGGAAGAAAUCGGCCUCACCAACAAUUAUUUGAAUAAUUCAAUGGAUGUUUUGUGCACAAAGGUGAUGACUCAAGUGUAUUAUUAGGACUUUUUCUAAUCUGACUUCUAUAUGUGGCUGUCUAUGGAAGUUAAACUGCAGUACCGAAUCAAGACCGGAACGCUGGACCCUUGGUAAUUGUGAGUCAGAAACACGUUUGCGAGAGGCAUAUAAUUCAUGGUCUUCAUGGUCUUUUUUUUAAUAAUGCCAGGCCCUAGUUGUCAUAUUUAGUUAGAGAAUCUGCCUAUACGAUAACAAGGUUUUUCAAUAAGUGGAUAUGACAGCACUUGUGGUUGCCAUGGCUACAGGUUGUUCCACCACAUUUCAUUAUGUUACCCGCAUAACCCUACAACCAUCCCAACCUCCAUAACAAUCCCACUAAAGCCGGUGGGAGCUGCCUACUGCAUUAGUAAUGCUGGGACCUUGCCAAGUCUCUGACAAUUUACACAUCUAGAGGUCCAAAAAUAAAUGCUACUGUGGUCUAUAAGCCUACAAUGUGGGAAUUGGUGAGAAAGUUUCCAUUUGUCUGCACCAGUUUGUUUUAGUGACUGUGCUUUUACUGAAAUGUGCCUGCAAAUAAUAAAAUGCUUGUUUGUCAACUGAAUCCAAUUAACGGCAUAGAUGCAGCAUCAUAUGGAAAAGUGAAGGGUGGGAAAUGGCUCAUCUCAGGUUGAUCAGCAGCAGAUGUUCAGUCAAGCUGUUGAUGCAUUAAAGUGUGUCUUGCCUUGCCUGUCUGUGCUUUGCCCCUGUGUCAUCCUGUCAUAGUCAUUCUCCCCUUAGGCACAACUGUUCUAGGACCUGCUCUGUGUAAAGUGUAUUGAGACUAUGUAAGAAAUUACUUGAACUGUUCUGAGACCUGCUCUCUCUGUGUUUUUCUCUUCCAGCCUCACUGCAGGUGGAGAUCACCCCGAUGCAAGGCGAGAUCAGUAUGGGGGAGUCAAAAUUCUUCCUCUGCGAAGGUAGGUGUGGUACAGCUACCAUCGCCUCCACAACAGCAAACCCCAACUUAGCUACUGUAUUUGGACAGCUUAAUAAAGAAGAGGAUUACAAAUAAAGUGCAGGUGCUACAGCAGUUCUCAUGGCUGCAGUAGCAUGGGGUUCCCGGGAUGCUAACCUGCAACUGUGGUCAGUUACCCCCACCCCCCCCCCCCCCCCACCCCCACCCCCACUCCCCCACUACUGGCAGACUGCUGCAGGUCAGCGUCCUGUUGUUGAAUAGCAAAGACAGAAGAGAGGCUCAAUAUGUCAUGGAAGGAAGAUGAAAACAUCUCACUUUAAUGAUGUUUCCUUUGAAUGAAAAGCACUGUAGCUAGAUGUGUACUUCCUUUGCAGUAAAAAGUCAGCAAAAUACUGUUUCUCUCAACACUUCUUUAUUCCAUUAUGAAUGAGGAGGGAGUGAAAGAUUCCAGGAAACGUGCGAGUCCUUGAAGCAGGUAGCCCUAGGGAAUGCUGGUCUAGUAUUAAUCUAUUUGUACCAAAAAUAUGUUGCUCAGUCUAGUUUGUCAGGAUAUUCACUUCUUUGUUGAAAGUGAUAAGGGUGAGAUGUUGUGACAUAAUGCCUACAUUAUAUACUUUUAGGUUUUAUCUUAUGUUCAUGACAGAUUUUCAUCUUGCAGAGUUGACUUAAACAGUAUUAGGAUGGAUGUUAUUUUGCUAUGUAGAGAAACCUGUUAACCUUAAAAAAGCUAUAAUGCAUACCUCAGACACAGCAUCAUCUCGCAAGGCAGCACAUAUUUCUCUGUUAUCAUUCAUCUAAACUGCUGUAGACACAUAAAUAGUGCAUUCGCAUUCUGUGCUCACAAUUCCACCCUGCCUCUAUUCGUCUCUCAGUUGUCGGAGAUGUAAAGGACAUUGAUUGGUAUGCCCCGAACGGCGAGAAGCUCCUACCGAACAGACAGGACAUCCUCGUGAACCGCAACGACGAGUCCUCGUCCACUCUCACUAUCUAUAACGCCAACGUGGACAAUGCCGGCAUCUACAAGUGUGUGGCCAAAAAUGGAGACAAGGAGUCUCAGGGCACCGUCAAUGUGAAAAUCUUCCGUAAGUUCCCUUUCAAACUGCUUGAAACAAGGUCAUAUUCUUCAUUGUACUUUAGCGGAUUACCACUAAAUGAAAUCCCCUCACUGUAUUAUCUGUACGUAUUUGUGGAGUGCACAAUGUAAUUUUGAAGAAUGUAAUUUAAAAGUGUCUGCAUAUGCUGUUCAUAUUUGUUUACUUCAAUUGUAUUCCCACAUUAUUUAUUUACCUUUAUUUAAUCAGGGAGUCACCAUUGAGACCAGUGUCUCUUUUACGAGGGAGCCCUGCAUAUACAAUUGCAUAAAAUACAUAAAAAAUGUAAUACAAUAUAAAACAAAUAAAAUACCACACAACACAUAUUGCACAGACAAAGAUAAAUAUACACAAUAUACAGAAAACACAUUCAACUAAAACAAACACAUUCUUCAGAGGUGGUCCUCUGUAGCUCAGCUGGUAGAGCAUGGCGAUUGUAACGCCAAGGUAGUGGGUUCGAUCCCCGGAACCACCCAUACACAAAAAAAAAAAAUGUAUGCAAGCAUGACUGUAAGUCGCUUUGGAUAAAAGCGUCUGCUAAAUGGCAUAUAAAAAAAUUAAAAAAUAAAAAAAUUAUAAAAAUCCUCUGUCUGCUGCCUGAACUGCCCUAGGGACACUAAAGCAUCUAUUCGAAAUGUAUUGUGGAGCAAGAAAACUAAAGGCUGACUUACCUAACUCUGUAAACACCAAAAGAGUCUCCAGAGUUAACCAACCCUGUGAACGGGUUUGAUAAUUUGUUAAAUCUUAACAGUGAAGUUAGGCAAGUCGGAAGCAUGUGGAGCAGGGCUUUGUAAACAAAAAGAGCGUAAUGAUGUGAUCUAUGUGACUUCAAAGAGGUUCAGCCAACCUUUUGGUAAAGAAUACAGUAAUGAGUAAUAAAACUGUCUCCUAUGAUAAAACGAAGGCCGCUAUGAAAAACAGCAUCCAGGAAUUUAAGAGUAGAGGCAACUGCACUUUAAUAAAAUAGUAUCACCAUAAUCAAGAACAGGCAGAAAUGUUGACUGCACAAUCUGCUUCCUACUGACUAGAGAGAGACAAGAUCUGUUUCUGUAAAAAAAGCCCACUUUAAAUCUUCGUUUCUUAACAAGCUCAUUCAUAUAUUUUUAAACGAUAAAUCAUUGUCAAUCCAAAUACCAAAGUAUUUGUAUGCAGGGACUCGUUUGAUUAUUGAACCAUCCAAUGAGUGAAGAUGUAUUCUAUCUGAGACAAUCUUACGAGAACUUGAAAACAAAAUGUAUUUAGUUUUGCCUGUAUUAAGCACAAGUUUUAAAUCAGUAAGGGCAUCCUGCACAACUGAAAAAUCGGACUGUAGCCUUGUCACAGCCAGGUCAGCAGUCGGGGCAAUUGUGUGCAUAAUAGUAUCAUCUGCAUCUAGAUUUUUGUUAUUAUUUUUUGUACAGAUUAUAAAUGGUGAAAAGAACAGGUCGUAGUAUCAACCCCUGCAGAUCACCUUGAUGUACUUCAAAACAUUUGGCCUUAACCCCAUCAAUCACGAUGGCCUGAGUUCUGUCACUAAGAUAAUCAUGAAACAAAGAGCAGGCGUCAGAGCCCAGGCCAAUCGAGGACAACUUGUUUAAUAAAAUAGCAUGAUCAACAGUAUCAAAUGCUUUUGACAGGUCAACAAACAAGGCAGCACAAUUCAUUUUAGCGUCUAAAACUUAGAGAUAGAAGGGUUAGACGCUCUUUCAAAAAGAUAGCCUGCUGAAAUAAAAUGAUGAUUAAAUGCAUCAAUGAUGGCAUUUUUGUCUGUAAUUUGGCCAGGGUGAAUUAAUUUGUUGGGGCAGAGAGGAGGAAGUGCAACCCUUUAGAGAUUUGACAGUUUUUCAGAAUUUGACAGUUUCCCUUACAAUUUUUCUUGAUCAGUCUUACACAUUGAUUCCUCAAUUGCAUGAAAGAUUGCCAAUCUGGGCCUAAGCAUGUGUUCCUGGCCUUUACCCAGGCAACAUUUCUCUCAUGAAUUACUUUGGAUAAUUCAGGAAGGAACCAUGCAUUCGAUCUACCUUUAACUCUGAGUUUUGAAGGGGGCAUGAUUAUCUAUACAGUGAAGGAAAAAAGUAUUUGAUCCCCUGCUGAUUUUGUACGUUUGCCCACUGACAAAUAAAUGAUCAAUCUAUAAUUUUAAUGGUAGGUUUAUUUGAACAGUGAGAGACAUAAUAACAACAACAAAAUCCAGAAAAACGCAUGUCAAAAAUGUUAUAAAUUGAUUUGCAUUUUAAUGAGGGAAAUAAGUAUUUGACCCCCUCUCAAUCAAAAAGAUUUCUGGCUCCCAGGUGUCUUUUAUACAGGUAACGAGCUGAGAUUAGGAGCACACUCUUAAAGGGAGUGCUCCUAAUCUCAGCUUGUUACCUGUAUAAAAGACACCUGUCCACAGAAGCAAUCAAUCAAUCAGAUUCCAAACUCUCCACCAUGGCCAAGACCAAAGAGCUCUCCAAGGAUGUCAGGGUCAAGAUUGUAGACCUACACAAGGCUGGAAUGGGCUACAAGACCAUCGCCAAGCAGCUUGGUGAGAAGGUGACAACAGUUGGUGCGAUUAUUCGCAAAUGGAAGAAACAAAAAAUAACUGUCAAUCUCCCUCGGCCUUGGGCUCCAUGCAAGAUCUCACCUCGUGAAGUUGCAAUGAUCAUGAGAACGGUGAAGAAUCAGCCCAGAACUACACGGGAGGAUCUUGUCAAUGAUCUCAAGGCAGCUGGGACCAUAGUCACCAAGAAAACAAUUGGUAACACACUAUGCCGUGAAGGACUGAAAUCCUGCAGCGCCCGCAAGGUCCCCCUGCUCAAGAAAGCACAUAUACAGGGCCGUCUGAAGUUUGCCAAUGAACAUCUGAUUGAUUCAGAGGAGAACUGGGUGAAAGUGUUGUGGUCAGAUGAGACCAAAAUCGAGCUCUUUGGCAUCAACUCAACUCGCUGUGUUUGAAGGAGGAGGAAUGCUGCCUAUGACCCCAAGAACACCAUCCCCACCGUCAAACAUGGAGGUGGAAACAUUAUGCUUUGGGGGUGUUUUUCUGCUAAGGGGACAGGACAACUUCACCGCAUCAAAGGGUCGAUGGACAGGGCAAUGUACCGUCAAAUCUUGGGUGAGAACCUCCUUCCCUCAGCCAGGGCAUUGAAAAUGGGUCGUGGAUGGGUAUUCCAGCAUGACAAUGACCCAAAAUACACGGCCAAGGCAACAAAGGAGUGGCUCAAGAAGAAGCACAUUAAGGUCCUGGAGUGGCCUAGCCAGUCUCCAGACCUUAAUCCCAUAGAAAAUCUGUGGAGGGAGCUGAAGGUUCGAGUUGCCAAAUGUCAGCCUCGAAACCUUAAUGACUUGGAGAAGAUCUGCAAAGAGGAGUGGAACAAAAUCCCUACUGAGAUGUGUGCAAACCUGGUGGCCAACUACAAGAAACGUCUGACCUCUGUGAUUGCCAUCAAGGGUUUUGCCACCAAGUACUGUCAUGUUUUGCAGUGGGGUCAAAUACUUAUUUCCCUCAUUAAAAUGCAAAUCAAUGUAUAACAUUUUUUACAUGCGUUUUUCUGGAUUUUUUUUUGUUAUUCUGUCUCUCACUGUACAAAUAAACCUACCAUUAAAAUUAUAGACUGAUCAUUUCUUUGUCAUUGGGCAAACGUACAAAAUCAGCAGGGAAUAAAAUACUUUUUUCCCUCACUGUAAUAGUAAUGAACACAUUUGCAAAAAUGCUUAAAGCUAAAUCAGGUUCAGGUAUAGCUGAGAUACAAGGUCAAGGUCAUUAAAAUAAAGAUAAUGUAAAAAAAGCUUGUUCACUAAAGUUUUUAAAGUUCCUCUUGGUGAUGACAUAAGGCUUAGAUUUAUGCAUUUUCACAUCUCUGACACAGACAACUGGGCAAUGGUCACUAAAAUACAGUGGGAAAACCUCACUAGCAACAUAUUUAUCUGGAGUAUUUGUCAAAAUAGAUCAAUCAGGGUAGAUUUCAAUGGAUCUUUAGGAUUCGGACGUGUAGGCUCAGUUAUCAGCUGAGACAGGCUAAGCUCAGAGCAAAUAUCUUUCAGCGUAUCUGACCCUGGUGUCUUCUAAUCAAUAUUAAAAUCGCCCAUAAUUAAUAGUUCAGAUUUACUACACUUAGAUACAAUUGAAGUCGGAAGUUUACAUACACUUAGGUUGGAGUCAUUAAAACUCGUUUUUCAACCACUCCACAAAUGUCUUGUUAACAAACUAUGGUUUUGGGAAGUCGGUUAGGACAUCUACUUUGUGCAUGACACAAAUAACAAGUAAUUUUUCCAACAAUUGUUUACAGACAGAUUAUUUCACUUAUAAUUCACUGUAUCACAAUUCCAGUGGGUAAGAAGUUUACAUACACUAAGUUGACUGUGCCUUUAAACAGCUUGGAAAAUCCCAGAAAAUGUCAUGCUUUAGAAGCUUCUGAUACGCUAAUUGACAUAAUUUGAGUCAAUUGGUGGUGUGCCUGUGGAUGUAGUUCAAGGCCUACCUUCAAACUCAGUGCCUCUUUGCUUGACAUCUUGGGAAAAUCAAAAGAAAUCAGCCAAGACCUCAAAAAAAAUGGUACAAGUCUGGUUCAUCCUUGGGAGCAAUUUCCAAACGCCUGAAGAUACCACGUUCAUCUGUACAAACAAUAGUACGCAAGUAUAAACACCAUGGGACCACGCAGCCGUCAUACUGCUCAGGAAGGAGACGCGUUCUGUCUCCUGGAAAUGAACGUACUUUGGUGCGAAAAGUGUAAAUCAAUCCCAGAACAACAGCAAAGGACCUUGUGAAGAUGCUGGAGGAAACAAGUACAAAAGUAUCUAUAUCCACAGUAAAACGAGUCCUAUAUCGACUUAACCUGAAAGGCCGCUCAGCAAGGAAGAAUCCACUGCUCCAAAACCGCCAUAAAAAAACCAGACUACGGUUUGCAACUGCACAUGGGGACAAAGAUCGUACUUUUUGAAGAAAUGUCCUCUGGUCUGAUGAAACAAAAAUAGAACUGUUUGGCCAUAAUGACCAUCGUUAUGUUUGGAGGAAAAAGGGUGUUGCUUGCAAGCCGAAGAACACCAUCCCAACCGUGAAGCACGGGGGUGGCAGCAUCAUGCUGUGGGGGUGCUUUGCUGCAGGAGGGACUGGUGCACUUCACAAAAUAGAUGGCAUCAUGAGGAAGGAAAUGUAUGUGGAUAUAUUGAAGCAACAUCUCAAGACAUCAGUCAGGAAGUUAAAGCUUGGUCGCAAAUGGGUCUUCCAAAUGGACAAUGACCCCAAGCAUACUUCCAAAGUUGUGGCAAAAUUGCUUAAGGACAACAAAGUCAAGGUAUUGGAGUGGCCAUCACAAAGCCCUGACCUCAAUCCUAUAGAACAUUUGUGGUCAGAACUGAAAAAGCGUGUGCGAGCAAGGAGGCCUACAAACCUGACUCAGUUACACCAGCUCUGUCAGGAGGAAUGGGCCAAAAUUCACCCAACUUAUUGUGGGAAGCUUGUGGAAGGCUUCCCAAAACAUUUGACCCAAGUUAAACAAUUUAAAGGCAAUGCUACCAAAUACUAAUUGAGUGUAUGUAAACUUCUGACCCACUGGGAAUGUGAUGAAAUAAAUAAAAGCUGAAAUAAAUAAUUCUCUCUACUGUUAUUCUGACAUUUCACAUUCUUAAAAUAAAGUGGUGAUCCUAAAACAGGGAAUUUUUACUAUGAUUAAAUGUCAGGAAUUGUGAACAACGGAGUUUAAAUGUAUUUGGCUAAGGUGUAUGUAAACUUCUGACUUCAACUGUAGCAAUUCAGAUACAUUGUUAAGAGCACAUGAGGUAGCAGAGGGAGGGCGAUACACUCCUACUAGUGUCAGCUGGUUAUUAUGACCAAGGCCCACAUUAAGAACGAGACAAUCAAAACGUUAGGGACAGAGGUAGCAAGAGAUACAGAAACAUAAAAAUGGUCUUUUGUAAAUAUGCAACACCCGCAGCUCUGCCAAUUCUAUCUGAUCUGUAAACAUUAUAACCAGACAGAGACACAUCAGCAAGUUUCAGAAAUUACCAGAAUGUCCACGUUGGAUUGAGAAGCCAGAAUUUCAAUAAAUUCCACCUUUGAAAUCAAACUUCUUGCAUUUACAUGAACAAAUCCAAGACCGCAGCUGCGGGAUUUACAAGCAUGCUAUGAGCAGUAGGUAACCCCUUAUUUGAAAAUUCCAUAGGAUUGGUUUGAAUUGGUAUAGGUACAAGAUUGUUUAGAACUGAACCAUUGGGUCUAUGCGUCGAGCGAGGACGUGGAUUAAAACAAGAGUCAAUGAGGGUUACCUGUUGCGGGCCUGCAGUAUGAUGAUAAUGCUGAUCAUUUAUUCUUGGGAUUACCUGAGCCUGAUUUGGAGUGGUGAGCGGGUCUUGGAAAAAUAAUAUACUGUAUUGUUGAUUGUAUCUUUGCCCUAGUAUCAUUGUAAUGGUAUCCAACAAUGUAUCUUCAUUUAGAGAACCAGCAUAUACAACUAUACUAACUGUAUAGUAUGAAGUAUAUUAUUUUUGAACAGAUGGAAUGCCACUACAGUUAGCGCUCUUUUAAAAUAAUUUCCAAUGCAAAGACUGGGUAACAAAGACAGCUCUUGCCAUAGAACAUGUUGGUUAAUUAAGUUUGUUGACUGGUUCAGGAAAUUCAGUUGACAGUGGACUUCUAUUCUUCUCCCCUACAGAAAAGAUAACCUUCAAGAACGCCCCUUCCCCACAGGAGUUCAAUGAAGGGGAUGACGCUGACAUCAUCUGUGACGUCGUCAGCUCGCCUCCCGCUGACAUCAUCUGGAAGCACAAAGGCUCAAAGAUCCAGGUUGCAAAAGACGGUAAGGCUUGUACACAAUUCGAUGUGCCAAUGUGUGGGUUGCCUACUACCUGAGUCGUGCAGCCCCCCGAGUGGGAUGCUGCCUGAAGGAUUUUGUUUCUCUCCGGAUUGCACUAUUUUAACCUUAGAGGACCCCUCCCUCUUGCAACCACUGGGAAGCUAAGGGUGACCGCAGCGCUCUGGUGUGUGGCGUUUUCUUGGACCCUGGACAAGGAUUGCGUUUUUCACUGGAAAACCCAGAUUGUAGCCCAGAUUGAAACCCAUACUGCUUGUGUAAAUACCAUUGCUCCAAUUAACCUUUUCCAUAUCAAAGCUGCAUGUGCUUAUAGCUCAAAUUACAAGUCUUUUUCAUGCUAAUAUGUGUUUCACAGCUCAGAGAGCUAUUUAAAAAGUCUGGUUAAUGAAUUCAAAGCUUUUGCCCAAAUACACAUUCAGUAAACCAGAUACACAUCUGGCACCGCUUCAGAAGAGGGUUAACAGAACACAGUUGCCAUACAAUAUUUCUACGCAGGCUGCCAGAUGUUUGAACUUAGAGGGUUCAUAGAAUAUUUACAUAGUAGAGCUUUGAUGACGCAAUUCAAGAAGUAGUAGUAGUAGUUGCUUUGAGCAUCUGUAUUUUUACAUGACCAUGUUCUACCACAUUUACUACAGUAUAGAUAUAAAGGAUAUAGAAUAAGACACGUAUACAAUGCUGUUAGAAGCACCAUGCCAUGGCAAUGCUCUGUUGAGCAAUGUAAAGAAAUAUCACAGUGAAUAGUAUGGCACUUCUAAAUAAACAUUGAACAUAUGUAAAUAAACAUUAUUCCAGUUGAUGGAUGGUAGAGCUUUCUUUUGAUGAGUCUAUGCCACUAAUAUUACAGAUCAAUCUAUUUCUGGUGGUGAGUUAUGUACCUUAUGAUAUGGUCCUAUUUGAAAAAGGUAUGUUCUCUCCACCCCUCCUUAUGUUUCCUAGUUCCAGCUACCAGAAAUAACUCAUGCUCUAUUUUUACAUUGUUAGCUAUAUUGCUGCUGGGAUGGGGGAACUACAGCAUUCCUCUGUAACUCAGACCAUGCCUCCUGAAGUCGCACUGUAUGUGUGCUUUUCCCAUGUUGCCUUGUCUUAAACCUACACCACCCACUGUUAAUGAUAAAUAACACUUCUCUGUUUUCUUUUCUUGCGGUAUUUCAUAGUUCGUUUUAAGAUCCUGACCAACAACCACCUCCAGAUCCGAGGCAUCAAGAAAACAGAUGAAGGGGCGUACACCUGUGAGGCUCGUGUUAUGACCAGGGGAGAGAUUGACCUGAAGAUCAUUAAGGUCAUCAUCAACGGUGAGUACCACAUCCUCCCUCUCACCCUACCCCCUCUUACUCCGCCUACGCUCUCGCCCUGGGAUUUGUAUCCGAGCACACUUGGAAUAUAGUGUCGUUAUAGAUCCAAUACUGUGCUAUUAUGAACACCAUUACAGAGUUACGACAGAGAAAACAAGCCUGUAUCAAGCCUAGAGAAACAUUAAUUUACCCUAUCAUACUUAAAGUCAGCCAGUAUAGUGCAUCAUGAUCUAAUUAUAAAUUUUAAGACUUGUUAGAAGCAUAUACAGUGCAUUCGGAAAGUAUUCAGACCCCUUUACUUUUUCCACAUUUUGUUAUGUUACAGUCUUAUUCUAAAAUUGAAUAAGUAAAUACAAAAUCCUCAUCAAUCGACACACAAUACCCCAUAAUGACAAAGCGAAAACAGAUUUUUAUACAUUUAAAAAAUAUAUAUAAUAAUAAUAAUAUUCAGACCCUUUGCUAUGAGACUCGAAAUUGAGCUCAGGUGCAUCCUGUUUCCAUUGAUCAUCCUUGAGAUGUUUCUACAACUUAAUUGGAGUCCACCUGUGGUAAAUUCAAUUGAUUGGACAUGAGUAGGAAAGGCACACACCUGUCUAUAUAUGGUCCCACAGUUCACAGUGCAUGUCAGAGCAAAAACCAAGCCUUGAGGUCGAAGGAAUUGUCCGUAGAGCUCAGAGACAGGAUUGUGUCGAGGCACAGAUCUGGGGAAGGGUACCAAAAAUGUUUUCAGCAUUGAAGGUCCCCAAGAACACAGUGGCCUCCAUCAUUCUUAAAUGGAAGAAUUUUGGAACCACCAAGACUCUUCCUAGAGCUGGCCGCCCGGCCAAACUGAGCAAUUGGGGGAGAAGGGCCUUGGUCAGGGAGGUGACCAAGAACCCGAUGGUCACUCUGACAGAGCUCCAGAGUUCCUCUGUGGAGAUGAGAGAACCUUCCAGAAGGACAACCAUCUCUGCAGCACUCCACCAAUCAGGCCUUUAUGGUAGAGUGGCCAGACGGAAGCUGCUCCUCAGUAAAAGGCACAUGACAGCCCGCUUGGAGUUUUCCAAAAGGCACCUCAAGGACUCUCAGACCAUGAGAAACAUGAUUAUCUGAUUGAACUCUUUGGCCUGAAUGCCAAGGUUCACGUUUGGAGGAAACCUGGCACCAUCCCUACAGUGAAGCAUGGUGGUGGCAGCAUCAUCCUGUGGGGAUGUAUUUCAGCGGCAGGGACUGGGAGACUAAUCAGGAUCGUGGGAAAGAUGAACGGAGCAAAGUACAGAGAGAUCCUUGAUGAAAACCUGCUUCAGAGCGCUCAGGACCUCAGACUGGGGCAAAGGUUCACCUUCCAACAGGACAACGACCCUAAACACACAGCCAAGACAAUGCAGGAGUGGCUUCUGGAUAAUUCUCUGAAUGUCCUUGAGUGGCCCAGCCAGAGCCCGGACUUGAACCUGAUCGAACAUCUCUGGAGAGACCUGAAAAUAGCUGUGCAGCGAUGCUCCCCAUCCAACCUGACAGAGCUUGAGAGGAUCUGCAGAGAAGAAUGGGAGAAACUCCCCAAAUUCAGGUGUGCCAAGCUUGUAGUGUCAUACCCAAGAAGACUCAAGGCUGUAAUAGCUGCAAAAAGGUGCUUCAACAAAGUACUUUGUAAAGGUCUGAAUACUUACAGUGGGGGAAAAAAGUAUUUAGUCAGCCACCAAUUGUGCAAGUUCUCCCACUUAAAAAGAUGAGAGAGGCCUGUAAUUUUCAUCAUAGGUACACGUCAACUAUGACAGACAAAUUGAGAAAAAUAAACCAUAAAAUCACAUUGUAGGAUUUUUUAUGAAUUUAUUUGCAAAUUAUAGUGGAAAAUAAGUAUUUGGUCACCUACAAACAAGCAAAGAUUUCUGGCUCUCACAGACCUGUAACUUCUUCUUUAAGAGGCUCCUCUGUCCUCCACUCGUUACCUGUAUUAAUGGCACCUGUUUGAACUUGUUAUCAGUAUAAAAGACACCUGUCCACAACCUCAAACAGUCACACUCCAAACUCCACUAUGGCCAAGACCAAAUAGCUGUCAAAGGACACCAGAAACAAAAUUGUAGACCUGCACCAGGCUGGGAAGACUGAAUCUGCAAUAGGUAAGCAGCUUGGUUUGAAUAAAUCAACUUUGGGAGCAAUUAUUAGGAAAUGGAAGACAUACAAGACCACUGAUAAUCUCCCUCGAUCUGGGGCUCCACGCAAGAUCUCACCCCGUGGGGUCAAAAUGAUCACAAGAACGGUGAGCAAAAAUCCCAAACCACACGGGGGGACCUAGUGAAUGACCUGCAGAGAGCUGGGACCAAAGUAACAAAGCCUACCAUCAGUAACACACUACGCCGCCAGGGACUCAAAUCCUGCAGUGCCAGACGUGUCCCCCUGCUUUAGCCAGUACAUGUCCAGGCCCGUAUGAAGUUUGCUAGAGUGCAUUUGGAUGAUCCAGAAGAGGAUUGGGAGAAUGUCAUAUGGUCAGAUGAAACCAAAAUAGAACUUUUUGGUAAAAACUCAACUCGUCGUGUUUGGAGGACAAAGAAUGCUGAGUUGCAUCCAAAGAACACCAUACCUACUGUGAAGCAUGGGGGUGGAAACAUCAUGCUUUGGGGCUGUUUUUCUGCAAAGGGACCAGGACGACUGAUCCGUGUAAAGGAAAGAAUGAAUGGGGCCAUGUAUCGUGAGAUUUUGAGUGAAAACCUCCUUUCAUCAGCAAGGGCAUUGAAGAUGAAACGUGGCUGGGUCUUUCAGCAUGACAAUGAUCCCAAACACACGGGCCCGGGCAACGAAGGAGUGGCUUCGUAAGAAGCAUUUCAAGGUCCUGGAGUGGCCUAGCCAGUCUCCAGAUCUCAACCCCAUAGAAAAUCUUUUGAGGGAGUUGAAAGUCCGUGUUGCCCAGCGACAGCCUCAAAACAUCACUGCUCUAGAGGAGAUCUGCAUGGAGGAAUGGGCCAAAAUACCAGCAACAGUGUGUGAAAACCUUGUGAAGACUUACAGAAAAAGUUUGACCUGUGUCAUUGCCAACAAAGGGUAUAUAACAAAGGGUGGCUGACUAAAUAUUUUUUUCCCCACUAUAUGUAAAUGUGAUAUUUUUAGUUUUUUGUCAUUAUGGGGUAUUGUGUGUAGAUUGAUGAGGGAAAAAAACUAUUUAAUCCAUUUCUGAGUAAGGCUGUAACGUAACAAAAUGUGGAAAAAGUCUAGGGUCUGAAUACUUUCUGAAUGCACUGUAACACCCUUAGAAUGUCUUAUUGUCUUAGUAUCAUCUUAGUAUAAUUGAUUUCGUACUCACGUAUGACCUCUGUAUCUUUGAAUAAUGCUUGUAUCCAUGUCUGUGUGUGUUUCAGUGCUCCCUAGCAUCCGCACCAGGCAGUCGGAGGUGAAUGCCACGGCGGACAUCAACCAGUCUGUGAUGCUGGCCUGUGACGCUGACGGCUUCCCUGAACCCACAGUCACCUGGGCCCGGUACGUCACACCGACCACCUUGUCUUUAAUGAGCGUAAACAAAGUGGCUUGUUGUGGCUAGUUGGGGAGGUUGAAGUGAAUAAGGCUAGUUUUUUGGGGUUUUUUGGUAAACAUUCUCAUUAUAAAAGAGGAUGGGUCAACAGUAUUGAAUUAUAUUUCUCUAGUACCUUGAGGAUGGCAAAAGCUCAUUUGUUUGAUAUAUCCUCAGCAUAGGCCCUCUAGUAUAGUAUGAGAAUAAUUCCAACACUACAAAGUUACUGUAGUGCUUCUCUAGCUGCUCUUGGAGUGUAAACAAAUGAGAAGGAUAGGAGGAUGAGGAGACUCAUCCGAUUAGGGCUAGGCCUCGCCAGAGGAGGAAGGAGACAAGCGGGGCAGGGUGAAUGGAGGGGGUAGGAGGGGGGCCAGAAGCUCCUACCAUUUGUUAUUUAUUUCCUGGCCCGUUGACAGGCCUGUCAUUUGGUAUCCCUUAGAGGCUGCUUCAGGAUUGAAUCUCCUAGAAGCAUACAGAUGUGGGACCGCAGUCCAAACCCAGUGUGUGCACAUCUGAUUUAGAGUUCAAGGGAGGCUCAGACAUGUCACGGAUCAAAGAGAGUGCUCGUUCAAGAGUGCCGAAGAAAUUCCUCAACAUCAUACAGUGUACCACCAUCCUAUGGACGUAGUCCCUUUGUAAAACAGCCAUGAUGCAGCUAUGUUAACAAAGCAGAGCCAGAGAAACAAAGAAAAAAGCUGUCUGUAUGAUUUCUGUCCUGGAUGUCUGGUCGGUAGCUCUAAAGACAUUGGUUUUAUGGUUCUGAGCCAGGCCUUUUGUUUACCAGCUGCUCUACUUUGAGAUACGGCCCCCAAAAAGAUCAUCUCACAGAAUUAAGACGACAAUUUUUACCUUCAUGUUGUGGAGACAGACGUCAGUGAUAUGCAUUCUGUUUCUGCCUUUCCCCCCUCAGUAAAAGCAUUGUCCUUGAAUCGGACGAUAAGUAUGGCCUGAACGACGACGGCUCGGAGCUGAUAAUAAAGGAUGUCAAGAAAGUGGAUGAAGGAGAUUACACAUGCAUCGCCCGGAACAAGGCUGGGGAGAAAGAGGAGGAAGUCAGCUUGAAUGUGUUUAGUAAGAGCAAAAUUAUUCCCAUUAACUGUGGUAAAAGAACGUUGUGUUUUUGGGCUUUAGAAUUGUUUUUAUUGGUUUUACUAUAGCAGUGUGCAUACAAGCAAUGUAUUCCAUUGGCAUCCAUCAAUGUAUUGUAUUUUUGCCUUCUCUAGUGCAACCUAAGAUCACCUACCUGGUCAACCAGACUGCAUCAGAGCUGGAGGAGCAGAUCACCCUGACCUGCGAGGCCUCCGGAGACCCCACCCCAACCAUCACCUGGAGCUUUGGCAGCAGGGUCUUCACAGAGAGAGAGCAGGUACUGGUGUCUGGGGACCAGGGGAGGCAUGCAACCAGGGGCCCGAGCUGUGGUGGAUAG